AUGAGUGAUACAGAAUCAACAUCAUAUCAGGUGAUCAAUAACUUGGACACUUCUAAAUCUGAUGCAGACUAUAAAGAUGCAGCAUACUCUAAAAAGUCACUUGGCAUUAGCAAAUCAAAGGAGGCUAAAAUCGAUGCUGAAAGAGCUAGAUUUCCAUAUUGCAUUGUUUGGACACCAUUACCACUCAUCUCAUGGCUACUACCUUUCAUCGGACACACUGGAAUAGCUAUGAGUGAUGGGGUUAUACAUGACUUUGCUGGCCCUUACACUAUCACAGUUGAUGACCUUGCUUUCGACAUCAAUGAUGAGACAGGAUACAACAGAGGAAUAGAAAAAGCAGAUCAGAUUUAUGAAUAAAUGAUGCACAACCUUUUCUGCUAGAGCACUUAAUAAAUGCAACUAUCAGGGUAGAAAUAACUAUACAAUGAUUGGAGUCUGGUGGCUGACUGUAACUCAAAGCUAAUAUGUCAGGUAAAAUUUUGA